AUGUACCAUCGCCUAGCUGGGGCUUGGUUCAAGUUCAAAGUUCACAACGAAAGCGUGACCGUUAUGUUUGGAGCGGAGGCAAGGAAGAAGUUCUUCUCUGAGAAGAUGUUUAGCGGCCAUGAUGGAUACGGACUUCUAUUUCCAAUGAUGAAAUAUAUACCGUCGAACAAGCACGGUCCUCAUGGAACAAAUACAUUUUCUUGGCUGCUUUCCAGUUUCAAGCGGACAGAGUUCUUGGAGCCGUGUUUGCUUCCCAUACAACUGGAGGCAAUGGCGGAGUGCUCUAAGCUCGGAGAUAACGGAAUAUUUGAUCCUUUCGUCACCCUAGACCAACUCAUGCUUCGCAUAUCACUGCGCGUCCAUCUUGGUCCUGAGGUCACUUCCAAUCCUACUGUCUGUUCCAAAGCCAUUCGCGCAUAUCGUUGGAUAUGCUCUGGGAAUAAUCCGAGCUCUCUUCUCUUUCCUCUCUUCCCAACGCCCGCUCGAGUAUUUCGCAUAAUUGGAGGGGUACAAUUAUUCCAGAUCGUCGCCGAGGUUUAUAAUCGGCGCAAGGAAUCACUUUCUUCGCGUCGCGAUAUUAUACAGACCUUGCUUGAUACCAACACCGAUGUCAAGGAGGCUGCGUCGCUUCUCAUUGGGACUGUCUUUGCGGAUCACAGCAACACUGGCAUUGUUCUCUGCUGGUUUAUGCUCCACAUCUGUCACCAUACGGCCUGGAGAGAUCGUAUACAAGCCGAGGUUGACGCAUUUAUAGCGGCUCAUAAAGUAGAGGGCACGACCGUUUCGGAGUCACUGGCCGCACUUCCCUUCGAAACAUGGGAGAGAUCUCUUUCCACAAUCGACCUCUGCCUCCAGGAGACUCUUCGUCUCGUCGGAAAUGCCGCCAUCAUCCGCCGCAACAUGGGUGAGGACGUCAUCAUCGCAGGCAGGACUAUUCAUCGCGGCGAGUACGCAAUGUACAUGACCGCGGAUGCACAUCACAAUGAGACCAUCUUCCCUGACCCGAGCGUUUUCAAUCCACAACGUGACUUCGGCAAGCCCUCUGACGGAUUUUUUCUCGCUUGGGGUGCUGGCUCUCAUCCGUGCCUCGGACGUCGUAUGGGACAAGUCAGCAUCAAGAUUAUGACCACUAUGAUCCUUUCGAUGUUCACCGUGGAUGUUGUAGGUUCUGAUGGAAAGCGCCUGGCAGAGGUUCCGGAGGCCCGUCUGAAUUUGUUUGGUGUUGGCUAUCCUAACACACCAGCGUUCCUGCGUUAUGCGAAGAGGAAGGGCACGGCUUGGGUCUGA